CUACGAGGCUCUGCUUUCUAAAUUUCCUAUUUUUGUGAAGUUAAAGUAGAGAUCGUCUACUUCAGUUGACGCUUUGUUUACUGAAGUUUGAGUUCAUCAGUAUGGCUCAGUUACAGGCCGGUUUCUGCUGUCCUCGGUGCAAUACUCGCCUUCUUCCGCAGUUGGGAAAACUAGGACGAGGCGUUUACUCAGGAAACUGUACUGGUUGUGGCCAUCGGAUUCGAUUUCGUGCUUCCAUUGAGACGGAGUCACGUGACGUAGGCGUGGAUCUAGACCCUGUUGGCACGGUGACCUUUUUCGUGAAUGGAAUUGGGUAUCAACUCCCGGAUGUUGAUCCGGUUGUGACGCUCAAUGAUUGGCUGAAAGAGCAGCCGGAUCUGAAGGGGACGAAGCACAUGUGUCAGGAAGGUGGUUGCGGUGCUUGCAUUGUGGCUCUGACACGACAUGAUCCGAGACAAGAGAAAGACAUCACGAUUGCGAUCAACUCUUGUCUCUUUCCAUUGGUGGCUGCAGAUGGCUGCUCUGUGACAACGACUGAUGGAAUAGGCAGCCCUCGCUCUGGAUUCCACCCAAUACAAGAACGUCUCGCCGACCACAACGGCAGUCAGUGUGGCUUUUGUUCGCCCGGCAUGGUAAUGAACAUGUACAGUCUACUGAAAGAGAACAGUCGACCAACAAAGAAAGAAAUUGAAGACAGUUAUGACGGAAACAUCUGUCGCUGCACGGGAUAUCGAGCCAUAUUGGAUGCCAUGAAAUCGUUUGCUGUUGAUGAAAAUCCGAUUGACAUUGAGGACUUACCCCUAUCACAGUGCAAUGGAGACUGUACAACAUGCUCUCAUUCUGUCAUAUGCCAUAUGGCACAUGGAAAUGAUCGUCCUGUGGUAGUACGUGGCACUGGAGCAUCAAGCAGAGUGAUGAGAUUCAAACCGUCAUCACUGCAAGAUGCAUUGGACUUGCUUGACAAAUACAAACAAGUGGGAGUGCAGCUAGUUGCUGGUGAUACUGGAAAAGAGUGA